UUGACCCGUCGUUGCGCUUAAAUGGGGUGUCAAUGUUGUCAUGGCGACGGGCCCAUCGGGUACAGCGGCGCCAGUCAUGAAGAGAUGUUGAAGAACUUCGGGGAUCUCUCGGAGGACGCCUCCAUGGCGGCGGUGGUGGCGGACCUGGCGCAGAUCACCGAGGAACAUCCCUACCUGAAACCGACCGGCACGGAACCCACGCCUCACCAGCUCUUGUACUUCGUGCGCAGGUGUCGGGAGUAUGUCAUCAUGCGGAACUCCAAGGAAGCCGCGAGCUGCAUCGAACGCAUCCAACGCAGUUUGAAGUACGAAAUCGCGCAGAUCCGCGACGCCUUCCGCAGGUUUGAUCACGAUGGUUCCAACUAUUUGGACCAGAACGAGUUCAAAUACCUUUGCGCCUAUCUGGGCUGGGGAGAGGAGGAAGCGCGGCUCAUGGACCUGGACGCUGACCAGAAAGUCACCUUCCAGGAAUUCCAGCUCUUUGUGGGGCACAUGGGUGGGCUCGCUCAACUCUUCGAACAUCGCCGCCAGCGUGUGGCCAGCAAGAACUGGGGUGAAGACGCCCCUGCGGUCAUCGAGGUUGGAGCCAGGAUCCGAGCCUUCUACUACACGGAGGACAAGAAGAAGUCAACCACUUGGAGAGAGGCACAAGUCCUUGAACUCAACGUGAUGCCAGAGAACGGCGUGAGACUCCUUUUUGGCUUCGGUGAAGAGAAGGAGGGUGCCUCUGAGCGACAGGUGGUGCCACCCAGCUGGAUCUUCUACGAUAGCCGCGACAGCGAGGUCGUGGCUGCGCUGCGGGAGGUUGGCAUCUUGGAAGAGCAACAAGCCUUCUGGGCGUCCAUCUUCCCACAGUCCGAGAUGCGCGCGGUUGCUGCUUGCGUACCAUGUCAACGUAAAGCCCUGGCACAUGUGCGCGCCAACGCAGCCAUGAACCACGAGAAGGCCCUGCCCAACGUGCGCGAACGCUUCGCCGAGAUGGGCUAUGGCGAGGAGCAGCUGCAGGCGGUGCUGGGAUGGAUCCAGGACUUGGCUCCGAUGUGCAUCCACGUGCACAUCGACAACGUGGGGCGCUUUCUCGAGACGGACGAGUUCUACCGGAACCAGUUCGAGACCGGAACCUCCUGUGGUGCUCUGGAUGAUGGCAAUGUGAUUCGCAAGGGCUGGGAGACGGAGCUGUUUGGGGGAACCUACGACGAGGCCAAGCCCUUCGAACGCUGCAAGUAUGGCGCCCUGAGUGUGAUGAACGACUACAGGGGAGUUCUCAGCGCUUACCAAUAUGGCGACUCUUACCUCGUGCUGAAAGAUGUCCGCUUGCGCACCACCUUUGCCGCCACCGACUCGGGUGGAAUCGAAGGAUCUCGCUUGGCUGUGCUGGACAAGUAUGCGCAUGUGCUGGAGGAAUACGAUGACCGUGAGCUGCGGGAGUUGGUCGAGGUGGCCCUAGCGAACACUUCGCUGUCGGACCACAGCACAGCACAGCCCAAGAUGCUGCGGGGCAUGUCCUCCGACUGCGCGGCCGAGUGGAUCACGGUGGGAUUUCCUGACCUCCCGCAGAAGAAGGGCCGCUACUACUUCGAAGUGGAACUCCUGCGCGGCUGCAAAUCUGCACAGGUUGGUUUCCUCUCGAACCAGUUCAUCAUCGCUCCCAAGACGGUGGGCUACAGCGGGGGCGUGGGUGACGAUGACUACGGCUGGGCGGUGGAUGGACAGCACGCCUUGCGAUGGCACGGCGGAAAGAAACUGCCGUGGGACAGGUACUGGGCGGUCUCCAAGAACGAUCCGAGGGAACUGGACCAGGAUGUAGUGGUGGGUGUGGCCAUCGACAUCGACGCACGACAGAUGUGGUUCGCCUCAGACGGAGCCUGGGACGAGGCCAAAACGCCCUCCUUCGGGCCGGAGAACAUUCCCAGAGGUCAGAUGCUGUACCCCGCGGUGUCCUUGCGGGGGCGGGCGGCCUUCAACUUUGGUCCUGACUUUAAGCAUCCUGCACCCAAGUUUUCGAGCUUUGCGGCGUGGCCCGGAAUGCCGGACGGCAAGGUGCGAGCAGACAUUCCCAUCAUUGGUGAUGAGACCAAUGUGGAUAUCUACAAGGAGAUCCAGAUCCAUGGCGAGGUGAGUCUCAAGAAGAACGUUCAACGAUUGGUGGCGAACCGGAAGUACUUGGACCGCACCAAGGACAGUCGCUCCUGGGCCAUCAUCGUGGACAACGCUGGGCCUGCGGAGGGAACUUAUGGCCGCACCGGCGCGGAGAAGGGCUGCAGCAUCUUCUCGCAGAGGGGCGGGGAGCACAUCAUGUGCUGCGACACAACCAAGAAGAUCUGGAAAGUGGUUCACAAGGAGCAACCCGACGUGAUAAUGGCAUCCGCGCCCAUGCAGGACGGCGGCACCAUGGACCCCCCACGCGCGGGCUGGGAAGUCCCCUACACCUCCCGCGGCUGCGUGUCCCAGGAGAUCUUCAAACAGGGCAUGAAGGAGGCGGGCAUCAGCGACGCUCAAUGCAAGACUUUGAUCUCCGCCCUGGGCAUCAGCUCGAAGGUCUACCGAUACACAGAGAAGAGCAGUUUUGCGCAGGAGUGGGCUAAGCUGAGCCACACAAAGAGCGCGGAUGAGGCUUGGCAGUGCUGCGUCAGCGCGGUGCAGAAAGCCAUGCUGAAGGAGCAUGGCAUUGAGGAGGGUCAGGUGGUCGAGACGGAACAUCCCUACCCAGCCCAGAAUGGCUCGUGGAAUCAGACCGUUCGCUUUGAGAACGCCAAGAGCUUGAAGGUUUCCUUCUCGAGCCGUUGCAUAACCUAUGACAGCUGUGCAUCCUUCAGUAUCUUGUCGGGCACCUUGAGCAAGGCUACUGCUGGCGUGGGCGCGCGCGUGCAAGUGCAGGCCAUGGCCAGUAGCGCCAGCAUCCACGGCACCUUAACGGGACGCCUCGAAGGGGACAAGUGGAGCGUGCGCAUUGAUCACGACGAAGCGGAGAUCUCCUCGCAGUUCCGGGACUGGUUGGAGGCAGAUGCCUCGCGUAGCAGCACAGUGACGGUGGCACAAGAGGUGAAGGUGGUGAGCGUCUACUACGAUGGCAAGGCUGGGGACGAGCUCAUCGGCUUUAAUCUGGACAUGUCAAGCCCCAUGACCCCCUUCAGCAUCACCGGCUUCAAAGCCAUGGGACGCGCGCAAGAGAUGGGCGUCAUGGUGGGCUGGUAUCUGGAUGUGGAUUCUUUGCUGGAAGAGGAGGCUUUCCAGGAACUGGAAGCAGAAGGUCUUGGGGACUGCCCUGGCAGCUGGGAAGAAGCCACGCAGGACCUGGAGGCCUUCCAGAAACGUUUGGAUCUGAUGCUGAAGGAGGCCACAGACAUCGAACUGGUCUUCUGCAAUGGGUUGGAUUUCAAGCUGCUUCCAGCGGCCUACGCCACCUACGAUAGCGAACCCUACAGGUCUGUGGGAGAUGAGAUCGGAAGCUUUGAGACGGACGGCGAGGCCAUCACCAUUGGCAGCUUCAAGGCUGAGGAGGGCCCUGCCUACUUGUCGGGCGCGCGUGAAGGCUGGCAGCUGAAUCUGGUGGAAACCUUCAAGUCGCGCGACAAUCUCCGUGCCCUGGGACAGUUGACGCGGCAAGGUGUGCUGGAAUCGCCAGCGGCGUUGCUGACACUGGAGGGCGUGAAGUUGAUGUUCGAACCGCGGGACGCUUCCAACACCUGCUAUUCCACCUGCUACUGCGACAUGUUCGACGCCGUGACGUGCCCCACGAAUUGCAUUGAGCUGCGCUGGGUCACCGACGGCGAUGGGCGCCACAGCCCCGACAGCCGCUGGGGGGUCUUCGCCCUGGUGACGCCCGAUUCCAAGAGCACGCCGGACGAGUCGGUCAUCGAAAGUCUGGCCGACAAGUGGCUGUCCGCCACACAGAUGGCGCGAGGUCCCGAGGGCGCUAUCUCGGUGGAACCCGAAGAUUGGGAUGAGUCACGAUUGAGGGCGCUGUGUGCCCGUCAUGGCUGGCAAUUUGAGUGGAUGACCGAGG